AUGCCUGCUCCCCUGGUCACCACCACCACCACCACCAAUGGCCAUGAUCAGCGCAACAAUCCGAUCAUGGACCCUUCCUCGAGCCAGGAAGGGUAUUCGUCUGCUGCCCAGUCCAAUUCGGACAGCGAUGAGCAAGGUGACCACGACGCCGCCAAGGAAGAUGAAGCCGACCAGGUGAUAGGCGUGAGCAUCGGCCCAACCCAGAGUCGCCUCAAAGCCCGUCUCACCCCGGCAGAGGAGAAAUCACGGAUCAUGGAGAGUCAUGGCGCCUACUUCGAUACCAUUCCCGAUGCCGCCGAGCCCGGCCCCGACGCCCUGUUUCUCCCGGAGAUCACCUUGGAGCCGGAGUCGCUGCCCGAUCCGGAGCCAGCAGCCGUGCAGAGACCAGAUCCCGUGCGCCAGAAUGGGGCCCAUGCGGACACGGCCGCGGCCCCCAAAGACGGCCAGCGGUCCAGUUUCACCCGGUCCAUCCUGAAGAACGGUCUGCCGCGGCCCCGCGCCUGGUCCGGGGAUGCCAUGUCGAACCUCAACCUCAAGAAGUUCCUGCCGGAUCUGACGUCCCUGACGAAACGGUCUACGCUGCCCUUUCGGUCCAACUCGUCGCACAACCGGGUCGGCAGCCAGACGGGGAAGGCUCCCGAACCGCGAAGGAGCCUGGAUCCUGGCGGGGCGACGGCGGAUUUGCAGCGCCAGCGUUCCUUCUCGUCGCCGGACCCCAACCCGUCCGCGAGGGAUGAGCCGGUUCCGAAGUUGGAGCCUCUGAACGGUUCGUUGGCCGCACGCCAUUCCUUCACGCGCCGACCCAGUACCGUUUCCGGGCGGCCGGCUUCUCUGCAACGCUCCUCCUCCGACCAGUCCCUGUACCUGAGGGCGCCGCCCACCGCCUCGUCGCUGGACCAGCGUCCGCAGUAUGAACAUAUCCAUGCCCAGGUCAACAGCCGUUUCAAGGCGAUCAAGGACAGCAUCCAGGAUUCCAGUAGCCGAUUGCUUAGCAUGCCUUCCCUGCAUCUGCAGGACUUGCGCAGUGAAUGGACCUACAAGCCGUUUCUCGCCGAGGUCGCCAACCGAAAGGAGGCCGACGAACCACGAUCCCAUCGGGAAGUCCUCAAGGAGAAGAUCCCGCCCCCCCGCGAACAGUCCCCGCGGAUCAACCCGGCUUCGACGCACCCCAUCCUGAGGGAGGCCAUCGACGAGCUCACCGGCGACAUCGUCAUCCUCGGAGGCUACCGGGGAUCGAUCCUGCGAUCCGCCAAGCCGCCGCAUCGCCAGUUAUGGGUGCCCAUGAAGGUCGGAUUGAACAUCCGCAAGGUGGACCUGGAGGUGGGCUUGCACCCGGAGGACGAGGAGCGCAUGGAAGAGACGAUCAUCCCCUCCGGGGUGCUGUCGCAUGUGGGACCCGUCGACAUCUGCCGCCGCCUGUUGAAGCGCCUGCAAAAGUCCGACAACGCGGCCAACGGAAAGCUGCGCGUCUGGAACUACGGCUACGACUGGCGGCUGAGCCCGCACCUGCUCUCCCGGAAGCUGAUCCAGUUCCUCGACGGCCUGCCGUCGAACAGCCCCGAUGUCCCGCGCCACCAGCGAGGCGCCUAUGUCAUCGCCCACAGCCUGGGCGGCCUGAUCACCCGCCAUGCCGUCAACCAGCGACCCGAGCUCUUCGCCGGCGUCCUCUACGCCGGGGUGCCGCAGCACUGCGUCAACAUCCUCGGUGCGCUGCGCCACGGCGACGAGGUCCUGCUCAGCUCGCGCGUGCUCACCGCGCAGGUCAACUUCACCUUCCGCACGAGCUUCGCCCUCCUCCCCGAGGACGGCCACUGCUUCAUCGACAAACGCACCAAGGAGGAGUACCGCGUCGACUUCUUCGCCGCCCAGACGUGGGACGACCUGUGCCUGUCCCCCUGCAUCCGCCCGACGCUCCCGCCCCUGAGCCCGCCCCUGCGCGGCUUCAAGGACAACAUCAGCAAGCGCUUCUCCACCGUCCUGGGCAAGGACUUCGUCGGCCCCGACGAACCCGCCGCCGACUCGCUCCCGCGACGCAACGCCGACAUCCCCGCGGCGCCCACCGACCCCAUCUCCGACGUCGCCAACAAGGCCUCCGCCAUCGCUCCCACCGCCGACGGCCUCGUCGGGCCGACCGCCAACCCGCGCGCCAGCGCCCACCCCCGCCUCGCCGCCACCACGUGCACCAUCCCGCGCGCCGCCGCCUUUGCCUACCUCGAACGCACCCUCGCCGAAGUCAAGCGCUUCAAGCAGGAGCUCGCCUUCCGCCCCGCCCUCCACAAGGACAACCGCUACCCGCCGGCCGCCGUCCUUUACGGCAAAUCCGUCCCCACCCUCUACGGCGCCCGCGUCGCCGGCCGCGAGCAGAUCAAGCACCAGGACGCCUACGACGACCUCGCCUUCGCCGCCGGCGACGGCGUCUGCCUUGCCUCCGCCGCCAUGCUCCCGCCCGGAUACCGCGUGAUCCGCGACGGGCUGGUGCAGAGCGAGCGCGGGCAUGUCGGGCUGCUGGGCGACCUCGAGGGGGUGGGCCAGUGUCUGCGGGCCUUGAUCCGGGGGCGCAGCGAGGGUGUGGGCUGUGGCCCGUCUGUAUAA